AUGCAGUACAAGCUCACCACUUCGUCGCUGCUGGGCGACUCGGCGCUGGGCAAGCUCGCAGCCCUAGCACAGCGACAUGCUCCACAGACGCCGCUCGGCUACGUCGCGGCUGCAAUCGGCACGUUGGCAUUGCUGUUCGGCCUGCUGGUAUUCGCACUCAUCGUGCGCAUCAUCUACAACACCACGCUCUACCACUACUACGUCUCGCCGCUGCGCCAUCUCAAGGGGCCCAAGCCCAAGCUGUUCAUCGGCAACAUGGACGAGUUUAUCACCAAGCCCGGUGCGGUGGGCGAGAUCGAGUGGUCGCGCAAGUACGCCGAGAACGGCGUCUUCCGCAGCACGUUCAUGUUCGGUCGCGAGGCGGUGCACUUUAUGCGGCCCAAGGCUCUGCGCCAGAUCCUGGUCGAGGAUCCGUACAGCUACCCGAAACCAUCCAUGGCGUGGAAGCUGCUCGGCCUCAUUGCCGGGUACGGUCUGCUGACGGUCGAAGGCGACACGCACAGGAAGAUGCGCAAGACCAUGAACCCGGCCUUCUCGCUCACCAACCUCAUCGAGCAAUUCCCAGUGUACUACGACAAGGUUUAUCCGCUCGUCGAUGUGUUGCGCAAGAAGAUCGACGAGUCGUCGGAGGAGCAUGCGAUCAUCGACUGCGAUGCCUGGGUCAACAAGGCGCUGCUCGAUAUCAUCUGCCUCACUGCGUUUGGCUACGAUGCCGAUUCGGUCAAUAACCCGGACAACGAGCUGGCAAGCGCCUACCACGCCGUGACCAGCAUGCAGAACGGCCAGAACCAGGCCCGUCUCAACCUCGUGCUCAAUCUGCCCUUUGGCGACACGGUGCUGGACUGGGCGUCGGACGUGAGUGGAUGGGAGUGGGGACUCAACAGGUUCGGCAAGGAUUCGGCGGCGCAGACGUUCUUCCAGCUGCUCAACGGCAUGCACCGUAUCAAGAAAGUGUCCAAGCAGAUCCUGCACAAGCAACUCAACUCGGGCGAGCGUGCGGCUCAAGCGGGCCAGUCCAAGGCGAUCAUCGACAUUAUCGAAGAGACGUACCUCUCGGAAAACGACGGCAAGCCCAAGAGCCUCAAGGAGGCCGAGCGCAACAUGAUUACGCAGGUGCUCACCUUCCUGGGCGCAGGACACGAGACUACGGCUUCCGGUGUUUCGUGGACGCUGUGGAAUCUGGCCACGCAUCCCGAGGCGCAAGACAAGCUGCGCAAGGAGUGCAAGGAGCUCAUGGACCAGGACGAGCGUCCGCCUUACUCGGCCGUCAAGGCCUUGACGUACCUGGAUGCGGUGAUCAACGAGUCGAUGCGCAUCACGCCGCCCGUGCCCCGCACGGUGCGCUGCGCAAGCAAGGCAUCAUACAUCGACGGAGUCUACAUCCCCAAGGGCACGCUGCUUCCCAUCUCGAACCGUGCCAUCAACAUGGACCCCGAGGUAUGGGGUGCUGAUGCCGACGAGUUCAAGCCAGAGCGGUGGUUCAACCUCCCCGAAAAGUACGACCGCACCUUUUCCAUGAUCACCUUCAUCGCAGGCGCACACGGCUGCAUCGGCCGCACCAUGAGCUACCUCGAGAUGAAGGCCACCAUCUGCAUCCUCGUCUCCAACUUCCGCUUCGAACCCAUCUCCAAGGACCAGAGCCCCGUCAUGGACGCCCUGAUCACCAUGAAGCCAAAGGACGGCCUCCCGCUCAAGGUGUUCAAGGUGUGA